GUUGUCUACGCAGCAAGAGCACGAGAAAAGAAAAAAAAAAGCAAGAAAAUCAGUCAGUAUAAGAGGAGAUCCUGCUACUUCUUCCCCAUCACCAGCAUCGCUUUCUUCUUCCUCCGGUCCUCCUCGCGUCCCUUCUGCAUCCAUCCAUCCAUCACUUGCCGACGACUUCUCUUCGCGCGGUGAGGGGAGGGGAGGGAGGAGACGAGACAAGCUCUCGUUGUUUUCGCGGGAAAGGUCCGAGCUUGAAGGCGAGUGAGAGAGGGAGGCGAGCUUGGAGUUUGGAGGGUAAGCUGGGCCGCCGGCCAAUGCCGCGGGGGAGCUUGCGGGCGGAGAGGCGGUAGGGGGCGGGGAUGGGGGGAGGGGGCACGCUCGUCGACGGAUUCCGCCGCCUGUUCCACCGCCGCACGGCGUCCGGCUCCAACCAGUCGUCCAACGCCGGCGAGGAGGCGGCGUCCGACGUCGAGGUCGUCGAGGACCCGGAUCUCGUCGGCCUCCGCGCCAUCCGCGUGCCCAAGCGCAAGAUGCCGCUCCCCGUCGAGAACCACAAGAAGAACUCAGUAGAAAUGGAGUUCUUCACCGAGUAUGGAGAGGCAAACCAGUACCAGAUCCAAGAAGUCAUUGGCAAAGGGAGUUAUGGAGUAGUUGCUGCUGCGGUAGAUACCCGCACUGGUGAGCGGGUUGCGAUCAAGAAGAUCAAUGAUGUGUUUGAGCAUGUAUCAGACGCUACCCGCAUCCUGCGUGAGAUCAAGCUCCUUCGUCUGCUGCGUCACCCAGACAUAGUCGAGAUCAAACACAUUAUGCUUCCCCCUUCUCGAAGGGAGUUUCAAGAUAUUUAUGUUGUUUUUGAGCUCAUGGAGUCAGAUCUCCAUCAAGUCAUCAGAGCAAAUGAUGACCUCACCCCGGAGCACCACCAGUUUUUCCUGUACCAACUUCUCCGUGCUCUUAAGUACAUCCAUGCAGCUAAUGUGUUUCAUCGUGACCUAAAGCCCAAAAACAUACUGGCAAACUCGGACUGCAAAUUGAAAAUAUGUGAUUUUGGACUUGCCAGGGCAUCAUUUAAUGAUGCCCCUUCAGCAAUAUUUUGGACGGAUUAUGUUGCAACAAGGUGGUACCGAGCACCAGAAUUAUGUGGCUCUUUUUUCUCCAAAUACACUCCUGCAAUUGAUAUUUGGAGUAUUGGGUGCAUAUUUGCUGAACUGCUCACUGGGAGGCCAUUGUUUCCUGGGAAGAAUAUUGUGCACCAAUUAGAUAUUAUAACAGAUCUUCUUGGGACCCCAUCAUCAGAAACCUUAUCCAGGAUUCGAAAUGAGAAGGCCAGGAGAUACUUAAGCUGCAUGCGGAAGAAACAUCCUGUACCCUUUUCUCAGAAGUUCCGUAAUGCCGAUCCUUUGGCUCUUCGUCUGCUUGAGCGUUUACUUGCUUUUGAUCCUAAAGAUCGGCCUUCAGCUGAAGAAGCUUUGGCUGAUCCAUACUUCGCAAGUCUUGCAAAUGUGGAACGUGAGCCCUCGAUGCAUCCAAUUUCAAAACUUGAGUUUGAAUUCGAGAGGCGGAAGCUGAUAAAAGAUGAUGUUAGAGAAUUAAUUUAUCGAGAGAUUUUGGAGUAUCAUCCACAGAUGCUUGAAGAAUAUAUGAAAGGUGGAGAGCAGAUUAGCUUCCUCUAUCCAAGUGGGGUUGAUCGCUUCAAACGGCAGUUUGCACACCUUGAGGAGAACUACAGCAAAGGAGAAAGAGGUUCUCCACUGCAGAGAAAGCAUGCUUCUUUACCAAGGGAGAGAGUAGGUGCAUCUAAGGAUGGUCAUAACCAACAAAACAAUAAUGGCCAAGAGAGGAGUACAGAUUCUGUUGCCCGCUCUACAGUUAACCCUCCAAUGUCACAAGACGGGCAGCAGCAUCGAUCUGCCGGCCAAAAUGGUGUGACAUCGACAGACUUAAGUUCGAGGAGCUACCUGAAGAGCGCAAGCAUUAGUGCUUCCAAGUGUGUUGUUGUCAAGGAUAAUAAAGAUCGAGAGGAUGAUGGCAUCUCUGAAGAAAUGGAAGGGACCGUCGAUGGAUUGUCUGAACAAGUCUCCAGGAUGCACUCCUAGUGCAGCAAUGGCAGACGAUGAUAGGUGCAAGAUUUCUGUGAGGCACACCAGUUGCUGAUAAAUAUAGAAGCAGAAUACUGCACUGCAAAUUUCGACCUGGGACGAUGCAACAGCCAGCCCGAGAUGAUUUGGGUCCCUUCUUAUUCCCACGCAUGUUCACAUAUUCUUGUUGCCAUCAUGCUGUCUCUAUAGAAGCCCUGCAUGAAUUGAUGAAUUAUCAUCACUCAGAUGUUACACUAGAUUAGUCCAUGGAGUCAUGGAGAAAAGAAGAGCAGCCAGCUUGUGCGCCAUGUGAGCAUGUUCAUUUCCAGUGUGAUCUACUCAUAUCCAUGCUUUUUGUAAUGGCAUAUGAAACAGUUGUCAGUGA